AUGGCAGUAGAUGACAAGAAUACUGCGACCCUUUAUGAUGCGGAUGGUAAAGUGAUUGCAACGGGAAAGAUUUCCCCGCCACUGUUUGAAGGCAAGAACAUGUCUGUCGCCGGGAAGGAGAUAGAGCUCGAACGGUCAUUACCCCCCGAGCAAUUUCUAUCAGGAGCAUGUUUUGGACAGUCCCCAUGGGCACCCUCCUGUGAAAUGGGGAGUAUCAAGACUGUCAAGGAAAUUCACACCUCCUUCAUUUAUGACCAGUCCCCACCAACCGAAGAAUAUGGAUCCAAUGGACAACAAAGCUCGCCGAGAAGACUUUCUGACAUCACCAAUGUGUUAUCCCAUUGGACGGCCAACUGGCGUAAACCUCAGGAUAGAAAAAACAAGACCUGGGAUGGUGACGCAUAUGUUUCACUUGUUAAGGAUAGAUUGGUCAUGAUGUCUGAAGAUGGGAAGGUCAUGGGAUCCACCACGUGGAAAGGACAACAAUUGUGCGCAGGGUUUCACCUCAUGAUCGGAAGGAAGGAGGUAGAGCUCGAUAUGCCAGUUUCUGCCAACCAAUUGCCGACAAAUGUUGAGGAAACAACCGGAGAGCAACCUGCCACGCCUUCGGAUGCAAAGCCAGCGCAAAAGUUCAUCGCCCCAACCAACUUCUAUGGAGUGCCGAAAUCCAAAGCAAAAGGACCGCUUCACGAUCCAGACAUAGAAGAUGCUCUUGUCAUGAAGUCUCCUACGAAGGAGCACAUGAAGCGGUUCAACAAAAGAAAUCUUGCAGUUGUGUCCGUAGUGGUGGAUCCAUUGCUCUCACGAAAAAUGAGACCACAUCAACGUGAAGGAGUACGGUUUCUCUACGAAUGCGUUAUGGGUCUGAGAAAACACGAGGGACAAGGAUGUAUCCUCGCUGAUGAGAUGGGCCUUGGGAAAACACUUCAAACGAUUGCACUCGUUUGGACACUGCUGAGACAAAAUCCUUAUGCGGCUCCUCUUCCGGUGGUACAAAAAGUCCUUAUUGUUUGCCCAGUCUCUCUCGUGAACAACUGGAAAGCGGAGUUCUACAAAUGGCUCGGACGGGAUCGCGUUGGAAUUAUGACCUGUGACAAGAACAACUCCAGUGUUGACACUUUUGGACGGUCGAAAGUAUACGAAGUCCUUAUCAUUGGUUACGAACGCCUUCGGACCGUUAUCGACAAACUCACUGAUCUCCAUCCUCCAAUUGGAUUGGUCAUUUGCGAUGAAGGCCAUAGACUGAAAUCAGCAAAUAAUAAGACAGCCUCCGUAUUCAAAGCACUUGCCACCCGCCGCAGGAUCAUAUUAUCUGGAACUCCCAUUCAAAACGACCUCGGAGAAUUCCAUGCCAUGUCAGAAUUUUGUAAUCCUGGCCUUCUGGACGAGUACAAUGUCUUCCGCCGGGUGUACGAGACUCCCAUUCUCAAAAGUCGAACGCCGGAUGCCUCAGAAAAAGAGAUAGAAAUAGGAGAAGCACGGACUGCCCAGCUACUUUCCAUCGCGAAAAGUUUUGUCCUUCGAAGAGAUGCUUCCUUGCUAAAGAACCACUUGCCUCCUAAAACGGAAUACGUACUUUUUGUGAGGCCUACCAAUCUCCAAUUGUCCAUGUUUUCCAAGAUCCUGCACCCUGCACACCUGGACGAUCUCAUUCAAAGUUCAACUGCUGAAUCGUUAGCCUUGAUCAAUAUCCUAACGAAGAUCAGCAAUAGUCCUAUCUUAUUGAAGGCAACAGCAGACAACAUCCAAAGCAAGAUCAAUGAUGGCGGUAUUCAGUCGUUCCAGAAGAAGGCCGUCCUCGAUGCUUCGCGUCUUCUACCUAAUAAUGUCAAUGUAGCAGACGUUAACUUGAGUGGUUAG